CUCUGGGUGUAACACAAGGUGCAGCCUUCAAAACAGUCUGUUCUGAUGAUAUACUAUACUAAUAAUGCUACAGUAAUAUUUAUAAGAUCAAAGAAACGCAGUUUAAAACGCGUUCAUGCAGCUAACUGGCUAGUUGAGGGCUUGCAGAGUGUAGAAAUUUCCCAGGAAAGAUAAACGUUUUGGUUUUUUCACCUUGGCUUUUGCUCUCAGUCCUGCUGGCUGUCCAAAGCUCAAAGCAGGAGCAGUUCUGUGGAGCUGGUGACCAAAUGCCAGGAGGAAAAUACAGUGGAUUUAACGUUAACUACGACUUGGUUUUCAGUCAGAGAGCUUGUCUGUAGCCGGGGGGUAAAGAUGAGCUGCCAUAAACUGCUGCUUUCUGAGCUGAAGAUGUGGACGUCAGGAAGAAGUGGUUGGAUAAGUCGACUUCAUUAUGGUAUAAGUUGGCGUGGAAAGGCAUCUUUUUCCUCUUGUAGCCCAAAGGUGUGUAUCGUUGGAGGAGGACCAGCAGGUUUCUACACAGCACAGCAUUUGAUUAAGGCCCGACAAGAUGCUGAGGUGGACAUUUAUGAGCAACUGCCCGUCCCCUUCGGCCUGGUCCGGUUUGGGGUCGCUCCAGAUCAUCCAGAAGUCAAGAACGUCAUCAACACAUUCACGCAGACAGCCAAGCAUUCACGCUGCAGUUUCUACGGUAACGUGAAUGUGGGGAAGGAUGUGAGUGUUGAAGAGCUGCAGCAAGCCUACCAUGCAGUCGUACUGAGUUAUGGGGCAGAGGGAAAUAGAAGAAUGGGGGUUCCAGGAGAAGACUUGGCCGGUGUGCACUCUGCCAAAGACUUUGUGGGUUGGUACAAUGGGCAGCCAAGCUGUCGAGAGCUGAGACCAGACCUGAAUUGUGAAACAGCUGUGAUUCUAGGUCAAGGCAACGUUGCCUUGGAUGUGGCAAGAAUACUGCUGUCUCCCAUUGAUAUUUUAAAGAAGACUGACAUCACCCAGCCAGCCCUGGAGGCUCUGGCUGAGAGUCAGGUACGCAGGGUGCUGAUUGUUGGCAGGAGAGGACCCAUGCAGGUCGCUUGCACAAUCAAGGAGCUUAGAGAAAUGGUGAACCUGCCAGGCGCCAGACCAGAGAUGGUGGUGGCUGAUUUUGAGGGUGUCACAGAGGCUCUUAAAGAUUUGCCGCGGCCGAGGAAGCGUCUGACAGAGCUGAUGUUGAAGACAGCCCUGGAGAUACCGGGAGAGAAGGAGCAGGAAAGACGAAACAAGGCCUCCCGCAUCUGGGGCUUUCGAUUCUUCCGGAGCCCCGUGGAGGUCCUGGCCGACCCCGACCGUAGCAGAGCAGCUGGCAUCCGACUGGCGGUCAACAAGCUGGAGGGUUCAGGUGAGGCAGCCCGGGCAGUGCUCACUGGAGAAGUGGAGGAUGUGACUUGUGGCCUCGUCAUUAGCAGCAUCGGCUACAAGAGCCUCCCCAUUGACCCAUCAGUGCCGUUUGACUCUCGCAAAGCCAUCGUCCCGAACAGCAUGGGCCGCGUUCAACAAGCUGCAGGUGUUUAUUGUAGUGGCUGGCUGAAAACAGGCCCCACUGGAGUGAUAGGCACCACUAUGAACAAUAGUUUUGACACCGCACAAUCCUUAGUGGAGGACAUGAACUCGGGAACCUUGGAUGUAUCUACUGGCAAGCCUGGUUCACAAAGCAUCAGCACACUGCUAGAAAAGAGAGGAGUGAAACCAGUGACUUUCGCAGACUGGGAGAAGAUUGACAAUGUGGAAAUAAAGAGGGGUGAAGCCAGUGGAAAACCCAGAGAAAAACUACUGACAGUGGAAGAAAUGCUGCAGGUAGCUCGGACAUGACUGAAGUCAAGAAACUGUUUACAGGUGAAUUCUGGACACUGAGUAGAAGUUGCAGUAUAAAAUACUUGCAGUUGAUGCCAUUAUGAUGGGGACCUAGGACCACAGUGGGCACAGAACAGAGUUGCAUUAUGAAGCACUCAACAUGGACUACAUUCAUAUUGUGCACAUGGAGUAGGUAGUUUACCUGUGUAUAUUUGAGAGUAAAAACUAUGCGGUGACUGAAAUAUGUUUUUACACUUACACCUCAUAUAAUAAAAUGUAUCAUAUUAUCCUGUCCAUUUUGAAUAUAUUUAAUACAAAAUAAAGUGUGACUUAUAUCAUUAUA